AUGGUGUCUCCUCAAGUCACAAACCUGGCCAUCAUCGUGGUGAUGAUGCAGCUGGCCAAGAAGGUCCCCUUUGAAAACCCCGAUGUCCUUCUUCUGGUCCGUGGCAUGUACAUCUUGUCCAACGUGCUCAUCCUGGGACUAUACCUCUACACCCAGUCCAAGAUCAACAAAAAGAAUGACUUGACUACUCUGAAAUACGUGGAGCCUGCUCCCAUGGGAAGCGGCGAGGAGCCCCGUCCGGUGACGACCACCAACAUGGAAUACGACAAGCAGCAGCUGCGCCAGCUGAUGAGAAGCCAGCUGAUGGGCGUGGGCAUGAUGGGCGUGAUGCAUCUCUACUUCAAGUACACCAACCCUCUUUUGAUCCAGUCAAUCAUCCCCCUCAAGGGUGCCAUCGAGGCGAACUUGGUCAAGAUCCACGUCUUCGGAAAGCCCGCGACUGGUGAUCUCCAGCGCCCCUUCAAGACCGCCAACAGUUUCAUGAACCAGGGCCAGGUCAAGAGCGACAAGGCGUCUGUUGAGAGCGCGGAGAAGAACUGGAGGGGAGGUGUCAAGGAAGAGUAG